AUGAAUGACGACGCGCUGCGAGCUGCGUUGAGUGCAGUCGUACAAGAGCUCGACGACCUCGCCGGCAAUCACCAUCGGUUUUCAGAGGGCAUUGAAAAUAGAAUUCCAUCAAAUGUUACUGAUCAUUACGAUGGAAUUACGCCGUCGAAGAAAAGGAGAUUAGAGAAUGCCUCGCCAAUAGAAGGCACUCCGCAGCCUACCCAGAAUGAGUGUGCCAUUGGCUCAGCCACACACCUUGCAGAGAAGGCAAGAAUCGUUAUACAAGGAGAGCUUGAUGGAAAUGAGUGCAUGGACCGUGAACGAAAGGCGAUUCUCAGAUCUGCCCUGCAAUUUGUGGAUAUUACGGGGCAGAGGAGAAGCUCAAUUACCGACGAAUUUUCGCCGUUAGAAGUGUCGCAUGAAGAUUUUCAUGAUGGUCCAUUUAUUGCCCCAUCACCAGAGCUGCUUUACAUGCUUCUUCCAGAACCAACAGCUACCAUCGGACGUUCUAGUUCCGUACAAUGGCCGGACCACAUCUCGGAUAAAACAUUGGAGAAGAUGGCUUCAACCAUUCUCAGUGACAAUGAGCAUGAGCAUGGGCAGGAAUUCUACCAGUACUGUAUAUGUGUUUACGUGAAAGCCAUCUUUCAUCUUUUCCAAAAGCCGAGAGCAUAUAUGGAUCCCCGCAUCAACGCACAAUUUCUGAAGUCCAAGAAACUAUAUGAAACAUAUGCCUUCCGCGCUCUCAAGAGGCUCAAUUCCUUGAAUGCCCCAGCUCUUCCUCUCAUUCAGUCGUUGAUAUCUGCCGCAUUUUUCAUGCAGUAUCUUGGCAACAUGAGUCAAUCCUGGAUUUUCAACUCAUAUGCUGCUCGUUUGAUAACUGCUCUGGGUUAUCAUGAAAUUCGCAAUCCGCCUGGGAUGUCAAACCUCGAUGAAGAUAUCCAUAGUGCUGUAUGCUGGUGCUUUUACCUUGACCGAACUCUGAGCACCCUUCUUUACCGACCAUUGUCGCUGCCCGAGCCCAGCAUCUCUCCUGCAAAUCUGAUUAGUGCCGACCAAAAUUUGCCACAUAUCCCAUUAAUACGAAUUUUGUUCGAUUUAGCUCAGGUCCAAGGAGAGCUGUUGAAUUGCGGAAAUGCAGAUAACACUCGCCAGAUAAUCGCCAAUCAUUCAAGACUUCAGGAACGAAUGGAGGUCAUAUAUUCAAGAUUACAAUCAAGUCGAGUCACAGCCCCUGACUGUAUCUCUGCAGAUUGGAUCUCAGGCGAAUUUUGCUAUUACGCGAUUCUGGUUGAUAUCCUUCGAUCGCGCUUAAAAUGUGCAUUUUCUCCUUUGACACACAAGGAAUGUGUAUCAUAUUCUCGCAAAUCUCUCAGAGCACUGCAUCAUCUUCAGAAAAAUCUCGCGGAUGUCCCGGGCUUCGUGGAUCCUUAUCCCUCAUUCCUGACAUGGACUGUUCUUCUAUACCCAUUCAGUCCAUUCUUCGUUCUCUUUUGCAACAUCAUUGGAGAAUUAGACAUGGAUGACUACAAUCUAAUGCAAGAAAUCACACAAAGUCUAUCUCAGUUCGCCGCAAGUCCAUACAUCUCAAAACUGCUGAAACUUCUGUACUACUUGCAGAAUCUCUGCGUACCAUUGAUCCAAGCCAAGCAGCGCAUGGGCCUGCAGGUCAAAGUUCCUACGUUGUACCCUUCAAUGGCUGGGACCUGGCAUGUGGGCCAUCCAGCUAGUGAUGAACAUUCACAUCUCUUGAUGUCUGGCUCUCCAUAUAUGGAUCCUGUCGCUGAAACAAACCUUCAACAACUACAAACAACCAGUGAUGGAAGCUAUGCACCUGGUGAUGCGUUGAUGUGGCAAUUAUUCAAUAGCCAAAUCUCGCUGGAGUGGUUCGAGUCUAACCCUUUUUCUUAUUGA